AAAAAAAAAAAGAUCCUCCGUUAAAGAAACAGGCAAACAUUCUUUUUUCCUUCUAUUUUCUUUUUUCUUUGAGCUAUCUGUGCAUUGGAUACUGGUAUUACUUUUCUGCUUUGAUACAUAUAUACCAAUGAUUGCUCAACACGAAACCAGUGGCGAUCGUUCACGAGACGGUGAUGACAUGACCCCAUCACAGUUUCUUGAACAAUGUACCGAGCUGAAUCUCGAUAACAAUAACCCUUUUGACCCUUCGGCUUUUUCUAUCAUGGACGCCUCUGCCAAUACCGAAGAUCAGCUCCGUCAACGUCAUGACUCGUCGGUAGGCAUGUUUGUAACACCGUCGUCUUCGACAAGUUCAGCGUCAACGUUACCUGAAAUGUGGGAAAUGCGACACGGGGAUCACGUUGCCCCGGACAAUCGAGCGUUUGCUAUGUCCAAGCACUCGUAUGCAUCACCUUAUCCUCCUCCAGGACAAGUUCCUUUGAUGUAUCAUCGUCCAUCUGACCCUGUCGCAGCAAAUGAUUCUUAUCGGUUCAUGUCAAUGAACAACUCCGCCACCGACGGGUCUUACUACGAGAAUGGUUCGGAGUUCGUACCUCAUCACCGUGGCAGCCUACCUGAUAUUCAUCAAGGAUAUUCCCCUCCACAACAUCCGAUGCCACCUCCACGGUAUCGACGUCAUACCGAAAGCUCCUUACAAAUGCCCAAUGUAUCAAGGCGACGACAAAGUCGAGAAACGGAAGACGAAGAAGAAAAACGCAAAACCUUCCUGGAAAGAAAUAGACAAGCUGCACUGAAAUGUCGACAGCGCAAAAAGCAAUGGUUGGCCAACCUGCAAGUCAAAGUGGAAUUUUUAACGACGGACAACGAGAACUUGCAACGACAAGCGACGAUGUUACGUGAAGAAAUAUUGAACUUGAAGACACUUUUGCUGGCCCACAAAGAAUGCCCAGUUGCACAAGCCAAUGGCGUGGUUGGUCUGGAAAGUCUACGUGCACCACCAGGCAUGAUGUUUCACCGACCGCAUACAAUACCCAACUCUGCCCCCACUCCACUUCCCGCUGCAUCCGCCAAGGAUCGAGUUCCAGCAGAAUGAUUAUUCGUCCUUCUUUUUUGCAACUGUCUUUUAUUUCCAUCUUCCCUCUUUUGCCUUCAUUUCGAUAACAUGUUAGCAAAAAAAAAAAAAAAAAA